GCCGGGGCUGGCGACGGUUAAACGCUGCCCGCGGCCUGGGUGGCGGGUCGGUUCCCUUUCCGGGACUCUGGGCUGCCGUGGCUGUGGCGCGACCUGCCGGGUCAGCGCGAGUCCCGCGGCGGCCCGGCCAUGCCGUCCCGGGUGGAGGACUACGAAGUGCUGUACACCAUCGGCACGGGCUCCUAUGGCCGCUGCCAAAAGAUCCGGAGGAAGAGCGACGGCAAGAUAUUAGUUUGGAAAGAACUUGACUAUGGCUCUAUGACAGAAGCUGAGAAACAGAUGCUUGUUUCUGAAGUGAAUUUGCUUCGUGAACUGAAACAUCCAAACAUUGUCCGCUAUUAUGAUCGAAUUAUUGACAGAACCAAUACAACGCUGUACAUUGUAAUGGAAUACUGUGAAGGAGGGGACCUGGCUAGUGUGAUUACAAAGGGAACCAAGGAAAGACAAUACUUAGAUGAAGAUUUUGUUCUUCGAGUGAUGGCUCAGUUGACUCUAGCCCUGAAGGAGUGUCACAGAAGAAGUGAUGGUGGUCAUACUGUGUUACAUCGGGAUCUGAAACCAGCCAAUGUUUUCCUGGAUGGCAAGCAAAAUGUCAAACUUGGAGAUUUUGGGCUAGCUAGAAUAUUAAACCAUGAUACGAGUUUUGCAAAAACAUUUGUUGGUACACCUUAUUACAUGUCUCCUGAACAAAUGAAUCGCAUGUCCUAUAAUGAGAAAUCAGAUAUAUGGUCACUGGGUUGUUUGCUGUAUGAAUUAUGUGCAUUAAUGCCUCCAUUUACUGCUUUCAACCAAAAAGAACUAGCCGGGAAGAUCAGAGAAGGCAAAUUCAGGAGAAUUCCAUAUCGUUAUUCUGAUGAAUUGAAUGACAUUAUUACGAGGAUGUUAAAUUUAAAGGAUUACCAUCGACCUUCUGUGGAAGAAAUUCUUGAGAACCCUUUGAUAGCAGACUUGGUUGCAGAAGAACAAAGAAAACAUCUUGAAAGGAGAGGGCGACGAUUAGGAGAGCCUGAAAAGUCACAGGAGUCUACUCCUGUCCUGAACGAGCUGAAACUAAAAGAAAUACAGUUACAGGAGCGAGAGCGAGCCCUCAAAGCCAGAGAGGAAAGGCUGGAGCAGAAGGAACGUGAACUUUGUGUUCGGGAGAGACUAGCAGAGGACAAACUGGCUAGAGCAGAAAAUCUGGUGAAGAACUACAGCUUGCUGAAGGAGCAGAAGUUCCUCUCUCUGGCGAGUACUCCAGAACUUCUUGACUUCCCAUCCUCAAUAAUUAAGAAGAAAGUUCAUUUCAGUGGAGAAAGUAAAGAGAACAUCAUGAGAAAUGAGAAUUCGGAGAGUCAGCUCACCUCCAAAUCCAAGUGCAAGGAUCUGAAGAAAAGGCUUCAUGCUGCCCAGCUGCGGGCUCAAGCUCUGUCAGAUAUUGAAAAAAAUUACCAACUAAAAAGCAGACAGAUCUUGGGCAUGCGCUAACUUGGCAGAGAGACAGAGCUGUGUCCAUUACUUAAUAGAGCCAACCCUUUAAAGAUUGAUAUUCAACUGCUGUAGCUUGAUAUACUUGGUUCCAUGAGCCACGCCUUUUUGUAUAGUAAGCAUGGUAUUUUGGGAUUAAUAUUGCUGUUUUUCAGCAACAAUUGUAUAAGAUGUCUAUGUCUUUAUUUUUAUUUUUUUUCUCUUAGGAACAACUUUAUAGAAAUGAUACUUUCUUGGUUGGGCUUUUAAUCCUGUGUGUAAUUACUUCUAGGAGUAUGAGAUGUGACCUUUGAGAUCUUGGGGAAAACAAUAAUGUUAAGGGGGAAAAAGGUCUUUACUCAGGAAUAGUAGUUAUUAAGAAGUUUUAAAUGAGGGGUGUGUGCUUACAAUUGUCAUGUAUAGUUUUAAAUUUAAAGUCUGAGGUUUUGAACGUUCUUGAACUUAGAAAAAGAGAUUGAAUAUAAAUUGGUCACUAAUAUCAAGACAUCUUGUAUAUAAAUAUUCCAUGUGGUGUAAAUCUAUUGUCUGUGGAAAUUCAUCACUGUGAUGUCUGCAAUCUUUUAUUCCUUUUUAUUCUAUUUAAUAGCAUAUGAGCUGGCUGUUGUUUGUCCACCUCUAUCCCACUAAUAAAACAAUUCUUUAGUUUUCUUACA